AAGAUUUAACAAUUCACAUCAAUAAGGGAUUAUAGCUUUCACCUGAUUUGUCUAUGUCACUGAAAGAGAAGGUGUUCUUAAUGUUUAAUACACUCAGUGUAAUGAUGUUAUAGAUUCCAAGUGGUUGAUUUUUUAGGGAAUUCAUUUAUGCUCUAUUUAUACCUGCAGAUCAUCACAGCAGCCGAAGUUGAUGUGCAGAGGGAGGAGAUCCUCCGAGCAUCAGGCCUCAUCCUGUCACAGAGGGAGGAAAUGCUCCGAGCAUCAGGCCUCAUCCUGUCACAGAGGGAGGGUAUCCUCCAAACAGCCAGUGUCCCUGCACAGAGAGAGGGGAUUCUCCCAGCAGCUAACAUCACUGUGCAGAGGGAGGAGAUCUUCCGAGCAUCAGGCCUCAUCCUGUCACAGAGGGAGGGUAUCCUCCAAACAGCCAGUGUCCCUGCACAGAGGGAGGGGAUUCUCCCAGCAGCUAACAUCUCUGUGCAGAGGGAGGAGAUCUUCCGAGCAUCAGGCCUCAUCCCUGAAGAGAGGGAGGACAUCCGCCUCACAGCCAGUGUCCCUGCACAGAGGGAGGUGAUUCUCCCAGCAGCUACUGCAGCUUCUAUCACUGUGCGAAAGGAGAAGAUCCUCCGAGCAUCAGGCCUCAUUUCUGCACAAAAGGAGUUGAUCCACCUGAUGGCCAGUGUCACUGCGCAGAGGAAGGGAAUCGUCCCAAUGGUCAGCGUCCCUGCGCACAGGGAGGGGAUCGUCCCAAAGGCUAGUGUCCCUGCUGAGAGGUUGGAGAUCCUCCGAGCAUCAGGCCUCAUCCCGCCACAGAGGGAGGGGAAUGUCCGAACAGCCAGUGUCCCAGCACAGAGGGAUGGGAUUCUCUCAGCAGCCAGCAUCACUGAACAGAGGGAGGGGAUUCUUCCAGCAGCUUCUAUCACUGUGCCGAAGAAGAAGAUCCUCAGAGCAUCAGGCCUCAUUCCUGCACAAAAGGAGUUGAUCCACCUGAUGGCCAGUGUCACUGCGCAGAGGAAGGGAAUCGUUCCAAUGGUCAGUGUCCCUGCGCACAGGGAGGGGAUCGUCCCAAAGGCCAGUGUCCCUGCUGAGAGGGAGGAGAUCCUCCGAGCAUCAGGCCUCAUCCCGCCACUGAGGGAGGAUAUCCUCCAAACAGCCAGUGUCCCUGCACAGAGGGAGGAGAUCCUCCGAGCAUCAGGCCUCAUCCCAUCACAGAGGGAGGGUAUCCUCCAAACAGCCAGUGUCCCUGCACAGAGGGAGGGGAUCUUCCGAGCAUCAGGCCUCAUCCCUGAAGAGAGGGAGGGUAUCCUCCAAACAGCCAGUGUCCCUGCACAGAGGGAGGGGAUCUUCCGAGCAUCAGGCCUCAUCCCUGAAGAGAGGGAGGAGAUCCUCCUCACAGCCAGUGUCCCUGUGAAGAAUGAAAACAUUCAUCCACAACCACCUUCCAUCAUCCCCAUGUUGGCACCACUGCGGAAAUGGGAUGGUGGAGCGUGUACUCCACCUGUGGAUUUCUAUUCCAAGAGAAGAGAUGUCCGACUUAGAUAUGUUGAGCAUCCUGCUAUGAUGUCCAUCACCAAGCCGGAACACUCCGAUGCCAACCCUCAGUUCCAGACUGGCACCCGGCCGGUGGCUGAGCCCGAGGCCCCUGCUGUUCACAAUAACAGUGGAGGCUGGCUGAGCUGGGUCUUUGGGAGUGGAAGAGCUAAUAAGAAGGAGGUUCAUCUACCUGAGGACAAAGACAGAUCUAUUGUCUGGGAUCCAAUUCUGCACAGAUGGGUUAACAAAACUGAGCCCAAGGCUGAAAACAAGUGUGUACCACCACCUCCACCGAUGGGAACACAUGGAUAUCAGGGGAACACUGGCAGUGUCCCCAAAGGAGUGAAUCCCUACUCUAUGAAAGCAGCAGGUCUAUGGGGCAGCAGAUACCCCACAAUGCAUUACAAUGAUGGGACCAACUCAAAGCCUCCAAGCCAUGGGGCUGGACUGCUUCCUAGACAGCUCUCUGGCUUGCUCCCUCCUUCACACUUUGACCUCAUGGCACCAAUGGUUGUGCCACCUGACACUCUACACUACUGAGGCCCAAGACAUAAAGUCGCCUGAAAGCUGUGUAGCAAUAAUUCCAGCUUCUGACCAAGAAUCAUGGAUACCUUUCAUGUGAGUACUCACACACCAGAUUUUUUUUACAUACCUCAGAAGGAAGAUACCUCAAUAUCUGGAAGCACUGUCUCAUGUACAACUGUUAAUGCUAUCUCUGAAAUGUCUAACAAAAUGUUGACUUGAUCGUUUCAUCAAGACCUUCUCAUCACAAGUUGGAACUAGUGGUCAACAUUGGGACAAUGCCGCCCAAAAUAACAGGGACCAACAUUUUCAUGGAGGUAAGCACUACACUUCUGAUGGGUUUAAAGAUUGUAUUACAUUAUCUAAAAGUGAGAAAGUAAACCCCAGCUGUUUUUAUUCUUUUCACAGGGAAGAACAAUCCCCAUUAUGCCAUGAAUGUUUCAUUGCUGAACAACCAUAGAUAUUUUUCCUCUAAUUUGGCUCCCGUUCCUCCCAACAGUGAGCAAGACCUGUCAGCAGAGCUCACUGGAGCAGGGAGACAUGCCGUCACCCUUUUGGCGCCUGACAAAGUACACUUUUUUUCUUCUAAAUAACACUAUAGUAACAUCUUCUGCACAAAGUUACAUUCCUAAUAAGAUUGGUGUUAAGUGAGAAAGAAUCCUAAAGAUGGUCCAAUAGGCAUGGUCUGAAGCCUCUCGUCAUCUCAGUAUGUUGAACCACCUGAUUUCCUGCAGGCUUGAGAUUCAGAUCCUGCUGAACGA